CGAUGGACUACGACUCUAGAGGCGGUGCUAGGCGAACGUUCCUAGGGCGCCCCUCCACAGCGGCGCAUGCGCACGCGCACACGAGUUCGCUAAAGCCAUGCCAGACGGCGCAGCCUCCUCGGUCCCGGGCCUCAUCCGGCUGCAGCCGGGUUCCCUGAGCGCUGCGGAGCCGACGCCGCUGCACCUGCUGCCGUGCAAGAUCCAGCACAACGGACCCGCCGCCAUCAGCCGCUUUUUCAGCCCGACCAUUAGGCCGGGGCCUUCAGGGCCGGUGGUGUCCUUCCGGGGCCGGAGCCUGCACGGAGAGGAGGUGACGGUCCCCCCGGGCUACGUGGGGCUGGUGCUCCGGGAGGAAGACAAGUCAGAGGGCUCGGAGGACCGCACUGUGCAGGCCAUGAGCAGCUUCAGCAGCUUCACCCUUUGGGGUCUGGAGGCCCCUCCAGGGCGGGAUGCCCGGAUACACGGAGCCCUGACCUGGCCCAGCCUGGCCACUGCUAUCCAUGCACCUGUGGCCAACGAAGACUGAGGUGAUGGCAGCUCUGGAGCCCCACGUCCGUGCGUCUUCCCAAUAAAGAGUCUGGCUGAGCCA